CCUUCUUACUGGAAAGGGGGGGAGGAGAGAGAGAGAACAAAAGCAUAGUGGUUGCUGGCGAAGACACGGCAAUAUGAGUAGUCCUUGCUUCGCCGCGUCACGUCCAGCCCCUCUCCUGGCGAGAUUGACCAACAAACACUCUGACUAGGAAGUUGGGAGCAUUCAGGGAAAAGUCCAAACUCGUCCGCGGCGUUGCAGAUCGAGACAGGUAGUCGGAUUCCGGAAGAACUCGAAAUUCAGGUCCAGGAAAAGGAGAGAAUCUGAAGUUUUCAUCGCAGGAUGUUCGAGAAAAAGAAUAUUUUCGUGCUGGUGGAUUUGUUGUGCCUGGUUGUGGCAUCGUUACCAUUUGUCAUAUUGUCCUUGCAAGCAAAGCCAAGAAUACGAGGAUUCUACUGUGACGAUGACAGUAUCAAAUAUCCAUACAAGGGGGACACCAUAUCCCACUGGACAAUGGCAGCAGUUAUUAUUCCAUCCUGCAUCAUCAUUAUUAUUGUUGGAGAGGCAAUAAUGGUUCGGCUGAAGCAUCUGUACUCGAAAUCAGAGUUCAACAACUACGUAGCUGCCUUGUACAAAGUGGUGGGCACCUUCGUGUUUGGUGCGUUUGUAAGUCAAUCAUUGACUGACAUUGCUAAGUAUACCGUGGGACGCCUCCGUCCAAGUUUUCUGGAGCUGUGCAAGCCCAACAUGUCGCUGGUGGACUGUUCGCAGUAUGUCCAGCUGGACGUUUGUACGGGAUCCGACGUCGAUAUUACUGAGGCAAGGUUAUCAUUUUAUUCUGGGCACUCGUCAUUUGGAAUGUACUGCAUGGUGUUUCUUUCGCUGUACAUGCAGGUGCGUUUGAAGGGAAAAUGGGCCCGGCUUUUACGGCCAACCAUUCAGUUCUUUCUACUGGCCUUUGCUGUAUACGUGGGCUACACACGAGUCUCUGAUUACAGACACCACUGGAGCGAUGUACUGGCUGGAUUCCUCCAAGGAGCCAUUGUGGCAAUUUUAAUUGUCCGCUAUGUUUCAGAUUUCUACAAAAGUAGGCCUGAGAAUUUGGAGCAUUCAGAGGGUUCUGAGCCAGAGAGAAAACCCAACAUUCCCUUGACUGAAACGGAGCCGAUGAAUCACUAUGGCACGGGACACGUUCCCUGAUUCACCAGCGGAAAACCAUUCUUCCCACCCCCUGACAUCAACUCUGUGGUUUUCCAUCAAGCAUCAAAGGAUGAAUUCCUUCCUCUUAUAUCGUUCAAACUUUGUUCUGUUUGCUGUGUGUUGACACUCAAAGACUUGCUGGCUCUCUUGUGUGAAAGGACCUCUGGCUUGCUUAUCCGUGCUUGAGUUACUGAGGUUAGAUACCAAUAGGUUUGCAUUGUGCAGGUGAAGCGCCUUGCUAAAUCUCUCACAGCUUGCCAACAAUAACAGUGUAUAUUUGCCUCCUCUCCUGUCUUUAUAACUCCCCCACCCUCCCCCCUAAAGAUAUCAACUCCAUGUUACUGUCAAAAGAGUUUUGUACCGUUUAUGUAGAUCCAUAGGAGAAUCCCAUGCAUUCCCUUGGUGUCAGGCGCAAGGUCCUGAAUGCAAGAAGCUGGUUCAGGCUGGAGCCAUAUCUACAAAUGUUCGUGGACCACCCUAUCCUCUUUCCAUGAUCCCUCUGCUCUUUAUAUCACCUCUGCGGAGAGCUUGGGGGUGAGAUUAGCAACUUCUCCGCACUUGGGACGGCAACUUGGCUUCAGAGUAUUCAGAAUUCUUCUGUUAUCAUUUUUUCCAAUGCACAUUGAAAUAUCUUUCUCCCCCCCAUUCACCAUGACACUUCCUCCUGGGGUUCAGUAGGGGAAUGCCCCCUGUGAUUUUGGUCUUGACUAAAUUAGCUAAUCUCAUUUUGGGCAGUGUCUGUGUACAAUGAUUCAACUCACUGAUUCAGAGUAUCUGAUUGCAAUCUGGAUGUUUGUAUGCCCGGUAUUAGCCUCUACAAUCAGUUUCUCCCCUAUCCACCCUUCCCUCACAAGCAGAUACUCAAUCACAUCCAUCAAGAUUUAUUUUGGGAUAGAGCUUGAUAAAGCAGGAGCCAUGCUUGGUAUAACUCACUAGACAUCCUCUCCAUUGAAAGUUUAAAAGGCGAUUUUUAUUUUAAAUGCACUCGUUGACUUGGGUGCAGUUCUAAACAAGGUUAGUGGUGUUUGCAUUUGUAACCUCUAGUCAUUGCAUUCCCAUCUGGAAGCAGCUUUUGACACAUUACAUUCUUUUGCUCUGAAUCUUGUACCUCCCUCCCUUUUCCCACCCCCAACUGACAUAACGUCGUUGAGUCACAGAAAGCAAGAACGGAGAUUAAAUUUCUCCUUCUAAAGCAUUGACUGACUAAUCGAUGUAACUGGCAGUUCAAACAUAAGCAGAGAUGACAGAGAUGUUGAGAGAUUUAUUUGCUUUCUUAAUCAUGACAGGUUCUCACUUAAACGGUGUGCGCGUGUCUGUAAAUGUCAAUGCCUUUUGUAAUGUUGUCAGAACCUAGAGUUUGCUCCAUGCCGCCAUAUGUGUUACAUUCAGUUCCUAUGAAGCAGGUCUCUUUGAUUUAGACCAAAGUUUAGAUCAGCAGGAUUUGCUGCAAUUUUCGAACAUCCGUUGCGUGAGAUGCCUUUACUGUACAUCUCCAACGUGCUUAUGCAUGUUUCUAAAUAUUAAGCACAGUGGCAACGGAAUAACUGCUGGUAUCAAAUGCGAUGUUGCCAGGCAUUCUGACAUGUAUUUAGGUCAUGGCUCGGUCAACGAAUCACUUUACAGGAUGAGACUUUACAGGAUUUGAAACUCCGAAAACCAACGAAGGCUCGGAAAGCUAGCACUGUGAGAGCAAAAAACGUCCAUUGAACCCCGACCAACUUGGUCCUGCACCCAAGGAGGAAAGGGAGUACGGUAGACAAAAAUGCUGGAGAAACUCAGCGGGCGAGGCAGAAUCUAUGGAGCGAAGGAAACAGGCAACGU